GUCGCUCAUUGAGGAAAAAUGGGAGUGUGUUUAUUUCGCUCGUCCGGAGGCUGAGUGCGGAACCUGCGGUCUGAAAGGUUGAGGAUAACUACUAUCGAUUUUCCUCGUGAAUCCAAAGCAGCUUUUAUUAAAACAGGUGGAAGUGUUUCAGUACAGUUUUGGAGAUGCGUAAAGUAACAACGCAGUAGCACACGUCAGAGCUGUAAACACAGAUUUCAUACAUUUCUAUAUAGAAGGAAAUUAUGUGAUAAAAGUCAUCUGAUGUGAUGCACUACAAGAAAUAGUCACAUUCCCACCAUAUGUGAAUAUAAUUGUAACCUCAAGCUGCUCGAUAAUACAAGUCUAUGAGAAAGCGAGCAGGUAACCAGACCAACAGCCACCUGUGGGCUUAAAAACUAAAAUGCAUUUCUUGAAUUCCUUGCGCCUACUUUGUACUUAAGUAGACUGACACGCUUCAAUUUGUUUACGUUCUUGAGUAAACCUCGACUACUGUUACAUGUCAGGGUCAUAACCUCUGACCCCGUCUUAAGACCGCCUUGACCCAUGACACAUUUCAGAGUGACCAGAUGUUGACAGACCAGCUUACUAGAAGAGAUUUUUCCAAUUUAGCUGGAACCAAAUUUGCAGUGCAGACAGAGCAGAAAGGUGUUCACUGACAGGCACAGAGUGAGGAAGACAGAAAGAUGAAGGGUGGAGGGAUCCAGAAGAAUGCUUGUGAAGAGGCUGCCAAUUUUGAGACAGGUGUCCCAACAUGCACCCUGAUAUCAUCCGCCUCUCCUUCCUCUUAACGCUGCUGCUUCUUCAAGUUCAGCAGGGCACCUCAGUGCAGGAGAUCCAAACCAGCCAUGAGAACAUAAUGAAGAUCAACUCAGCAGGGGAAAUGAUGCAGUGCUCAGCAGCCAUGGAUAUCCUCUUCCUCAUGGAUGGUUCUUACAGUGUGGGGAAGGGCAGUUUUGAGAGGUCCAAACACUACGCAAUCAAACUCUGUCAAGCACUAGACAUCGGACCUGAAAAGGUGCGAGUCGGCUUGAUUCAGUUUGGCUCCACUCCUCGACUGGAGUUCGCUCUGGACUCAUACACCACCAAACAAGAGCUGAAGAAGCACAUGAAGAAGAUUUCUUACAGGGGAGGCAGCACCCAGACAGGCCUGGCUCUGAAGUAUGUGCUGAGGAAGGGUUUCCCAGGCAGCCGCAACUCCUCCACUGUGGCCCAGAUCAUCAUCCUCUUAUCAGAUGGGAGGUCUCAGGGCAAUGUGGUUCAGGCGGCAGCACAGCUCAAAGAGACAGGUGUUGUCUUGUUUGCUGUGGGCCUGCGCUUCCCCAGGUGGGAGGAGCUACAUGCUCUGGCCAGUGAGCCGAUGGAGAACCAUGUUUUCUUUGCCGAGCAUUUCUAUGAUGCUGUCAACGGCCUGUACACCACACUGACCACCUUCUCUGUCUGCAAUGCCACACCUGCAGGGUGUCAGGUGGAGUCGUUUCCCUGUGAGAGAAAGACUCUGGAGACAGUGAAAGAGCUGCAGGGGAAUUUCAUGUGUUGGAAAGGCUCAAAGGGGUAUUCACCAUACACAUCUCUCUGUCCAUACUACAGAUAUAGCAAGUCUUACAAGAGACACCAGACAGUCUGCCAUCGGACCAUCUGUCCAGAUCCGUGUGACUCUGAGCCCUGUCUGAAUGGUGGAACAUGUGUAUCAGAGGGUCCGGAGGGCUACCACUGUGUGUGUCCGCCUGGCUAUGGAGGAGACCCACACUGUGCUCCUGCGUUAUCACUGGACUGUGCAGUGGACUUGCUCUUCCUGCUGGAGGGCUCAGCUACUCUGACCUUGGAAGGCUUCCUCCGCCUCAAGUCCUUCUUAAAACGCUUUCUGCAAACGGUGAUUGGGUCUGACACGCCCAGCAAAGUCGGCCUGGCGGUGUUUGGGGGAGAGACUCGGGUCGAGGCUCAGGUCGGCAAGUUCAAAGGGGACCUGAGGGGUCUGCUCAAGGCUGUGGAGGCGCUUCAACCAAUCGGCAGUGAGACCCUGACAGGCCAGGCGCUUCGCUACGUCACACGCCACGGCUUUGUGAGUGCACCGGUGUUUGCUGACGUCACGGACGAUCUGCCCCGCGUGGUGGUGCUGCUCACUGCCACACCUUCUGCGGAUGAAGUGGUCGAACCUUCUAAAUAUGCACGGGACAGAGAGAUCUUCCUCAUAGGGGUGGGACCAGACUACUUAAAGGGACAACUGAAUAACAUCACAGGAAACCCCCAAAGGACUCUUACCUACACAUCACCUGAUAGGUUCAGUGCCAAAAUCCCUGAACUCAAGGCCAAGAUUUGCAGUGUAGAUACCCAAGGUUGCCUGGGCCAAGCAGCAGACCUGGUGUUUGCCCUGGAUGCCUCAGGUGGCGUUGGCAGCGACAACUUUGCCACCCUGCGUGACUUCGUGCGCAGCCUCACCGUCCAGUUUGAUAUCAACCGUGACGUGGCCCAAGUGGCACUCGUGGCCUACAGCCGGAGAGCCACCACCGUCUUCAACCUGGACACCCACGAGACGGGUUCUGCUGUCCUCAAGGCAGUCGCCGACGCCAACUACAUGGGUGGAGUAGCUUCGACAGGCGCAGCCUUACUCCACAUCCACUCCAACGUCCUCACGGUAGCCGGAGGUGCACGGCCCGGAGUCAACAAGGCCGUGGUGGUGGUGACGGAUGGCUCAGGCGGGGACGAUGCUGCUGUGCCAGCUCAAAAGAUAAGAGACAAUGGAGUGUCACUGUUUGUGAUUGGUAUCGGGGAUAUACAGAGAGAGAGACUGCUGCAGAUCGCUGGUUCAGAGGAGCACAUGAUCUCGGUGCCAUCUUACGAGGAUCUCAAGUACUUUGAGGAUGUGCUGGUGCAGAUGGUGUGUGCAGAGGUGAAAAAGCAGGUAAACCUGUGCAAGCCCAACCCUUGUAUGAAUGAUGGGAUCUGCAUCCUAUCAGGAGGGAGCUACCGCUGUCAGUGCCGAGGUUUUGAAGGACCACACUGUGAAACAAGAAGCAGCAGACCUUCAUCCAGAGGAGAUCUUCCAAGACCCGCUGGUCUCAGGAGGAGGAGCAGGCAGAAGAAGAGUCACCAGGAGCUUCUGCAUCACUACAAACUGCACCGCAGGAGACAUGUAGCCUGAUGUACCACACACACAUACUGCACAUACACACAGACACAAAUCUCCUAUGGACACUUCAGAGCCAAGGACGUUUGCGGGUACACACUAGAGUAAAGGGAAAACCAAUGUUACUGUUUCAAUAUUUAAACUUGCAAUCGAACUUCAACAAGUGCCUUCAAACUGUAUGUAUUCCUACUGCUGUGUCCAUUUGUGUCUUUACUUGUUGUAUUGACCAGCCAUCACUGUCAACAUGGUUCUCUUGUCUAUGCAAAGAUGUAAACUUUUAAAUGAUACGAUAAUGUAUAUCUGUGUCAUGACUGUAUGUUAUUUUGUCAAUGUAUAAUCACAACCUUCUUCUCUCCUUCCAACCAAGACUAAAGCGACAAUGUUGUGCCAAAAAAUGUCAUAUACCAAGUGUUAUAUUUUCACAUUUUGAUUUAAUAAGAAAGGUCAUGCACAUUUUUAGCUUUGUUAUAAUGGGUGUAUGAAUAGAUCCACUGAAUUGAGAGACAAUUUAUGCUUGUUUGUCCUCUGUAAUGAACAAAAAUAUUUGAUAAAUAUACUGUAUAUAUUGA